AUGACAAGACUGACUGACGAUGCUGACUACGAUGCCGACUACUAUGCCCGUGAGCCGUCUGAGAAUUUCUCAGGUCCACAGUCCGAAUCUGGAAAUGAUGGUGCAUACUAUCCUUUAGGUUUUCCUGCCAAUAUGACCAAGUUGCGAAAACAAGGUCAAACAACUUCUAAACAUUGUUGUGCUCAUCAAUUAGUCACUAAAUUAUUUAAGUGUAAUUCUUUUUAUUUUUUGUCUGAUAUUUUAUUGUGUUUAGAAAGACGAAUAGAAUAG